CCCCCCCCCCCCGCCCCAAAGUGCGAGAAGCCGGGCGGUGUUCAGUCAAACUCUCGAGCUGCGGUCUGUGUCAUCGACCCAUUGCUAACGUUAGCUAAUUCUUCCCAAACAACGGCUUCGAGACGAAUAGAAAAUAAAUAGCCCAGGAAAAUGAAAUUAUCAUUACAACUAAAUACAGUUCCAGCAGGGCGACGGCUUCCUCCAGAGUUAUUUUGUAAACGUCUACGGCUUUAAAGGGAGAGGAGUAAACACAUAUUGUUUGAAAUGUUGGAUGCUGGCAGCCCAACUGACAGUUGACAACAACUUCCCCUUUGUGCUUUCUCUUUAUCGCCCCUGGAAACAAGAGUCAACGAAACAAACGGACCCGCUGAAUGACGUGUCGUUCCAAAAUAUUGUAAAAGUAACACAUCGUAAACAAAAUGGUUUACAAAACUCUUCUGUAUUCUUAAUGUUUCUACGGUUUAUUUGUUUUAACACGAAAUUACAAACAGAGAAACUCACACUAGCCGUUAGCAUGACAUAGUGUUACCAAGAAGUCCGUCCGUGUGGAAACGUGAUUUUUAGACACGAAGCGUGAAUGUAGGAACUCUGCUUCCCUCUUGAGGCAAACAGAAAAUACAAACAAGGUUAGAUUUAAGGUUUGUGGAGCAAAAAAAGCUUUUAUUUCUUACGACUGUAAUAUUUGACAACAUUAACCCAAAGUGCCUCGAGAAGGUUAUUUCCUCACUGUAAACUAAAAUACUCCACUUAACAGUUAGAUUACGGAGCUUCUGCGGUGAGUCUGGAUUCCCUUAAGGAACAUUUCUCACAUUCAAACUCCUAUAAACCGAAAAUACUCGGUCAGCAUUAACGAACACACAAUAGUGUUUAUUCACACCAGUGAAAUGGCGUUUCUCAGUAAGCGAUGGGCACAGCGCAGGUCAAUAAAGCGCUCAGGGAACCAUUGGAGAUGGGCUGUUGCUUUGACCCCUCCUCACUGAGGCCUGCGUCCUUCCACGUCCCAGGCACAACCAAAUUUCAUUUGGGAUAUUUCUUAUCUGCCGCAGGAGACAUUUAUGACUGCACACCGUUGGUUUAAUGAAUAUCAUGCAAAGCAGAAGGGCAACGUGAAGAGUGGAGGCAGUAGAGCCACAGAAAACACACCUCAACUGCAGUUUGUAGCUGCUUUCUGUGCAGGAAUAACACUCCACCUGCUCUCCAGCUCAUUGAAAGAGAUGGGAGUAAUUGGUGACAUUAAGGACACCGUGUCCAAGGCGGUGUUCACUCCUUCUAGUCUGCUAUCCGGCCGAGGCGGGCUGCACAUGGCCCAGAUGCUUCUGUCCGUGGUCACCUUCGUCUUGGGUGCCUUGAGAGGAGGGAGCAGUCAUACCUACUGGAACUAUGCCAUGUUCACCUGGGCCUUCUGCCCCAUCAUGACCCUCGUCAUCACCAUCAUUGAGAUGUUCAAGCUGGAUAUCGUACUCAAUAUGUUUUGCAUGGACUGGUCGGACUUCACCACCGGGAUGGCCAUGUCCUCCGCGCUGAUGACCGUCUCCGUCGCCAUCACCUACGCCAACUUCUACGUCUGCCGGACAUGCCUGUACGGCUGGAUAGUGAGCAUCUCUGCCUUCUUGUGCGCCCUCGUCUACACGCUGGAGGUGGUGAAGGACAAAUUCCUGGACAAGAAGAAAGGGAGCUACCUGGCGGCUCUGCCUGGAUUCUGGAAGGUCAUGGAGGCCUUUGUGAGCUGCAUGAUUUUUAUAUCGCUGACUGGAUACCGAGACAAGCCCGCUCUGAUCCUGUGCGUCAUUGCAUACGCCAUUCCUUUUCCCAUCCUGCCUCUGAUCAUCGCCACCAACAUCCUGAAGAAACUCAAGACGUGUUUGCCCUUUAACCUGGACCGGUUUGUGUUCAUAUUUCUGGUGAUCUCUGUUGUGCUGUAUAUAUUUGCUGCUAUCAUGUGGCCCAUAUUUAUGUUCAGGAACAACCCUCGACCCAGUGAGUGUCCCCCCAGCUUCUGUAUCUGGGCCAUUCAGUUUAUGGUCGCUUUUUUUACAUACGUGAAUCUAAUUCUUUUCACACUGGAUCUCAUUUUUACCCUAUUGGGUAUCUUUAACUUUAAACGGACAUAGCGGUGGAGAUUGUCUCAUGGUGCUUUUUGGAAAGAGGCAGAUAAACCGGAAAGGGGGGAGAAAGAGAAGCUAAGCGCCGCGGUUUGGAUCUAAAUUCACCCUCCCGGUUUGAAAUUAAGCUUGGUCCUGAGUUAGUGUUCAUGGCCGUUUUCUGCCUUAAUAUAAUGGUUGAAACACACUUAUUGUCAGUCGCUUUGGAUAAAAGCCUCAGCUAAAUGACAUGUAAUGUAAUGUCACAAGAUCACAUUUAUGGAUUUUGGCUUUCAUCAUCAAUUUUGAUCACUGCCAGAGCUAAAAGUUAACUCGCUUAUACCAGAAUUUUUAACAAUAAUUUGGUGGGUAUUGUCCAGCUAAAUAGAUAUUCAAUGUAAAGUUUGUUGUGUGAUGUACAAUUAAACC